AUGAUGAAACAAGAUAUUCUAUCCUCCUCGAUUGAUAAUCAAUUCUUGAAUGACCAAGUGUUCAUCGGAACCACUCUUGCAAAGGCACUAGCUGAAAAGCUCGGAAUUGGAGUGCAUUAUGAGCCUGUCAUUGAUAAUGAAUAUUUAGCAGAUUUCUACUCUGAUAUGAAGGCUUAUUCCUUCCGUUUGCAAGUCUAUCUAUUGAAUAGAAGAUUUGAACAACACCAAAAGAUCAUUUGGGGAAGUAAUGGCGGUAUUCAAGAUAGAACCAUUUAUGAAGACACAAUUUUUGCUAAAGUGUUAAUGGAGACUGGAAUGAUGGAAAAGAGGGAUUAUGAUACCUAUGUGUCAUUGUUCAGAAACAUGUCAAAGUUCAUGAAGCACAACACAAUGAUUAUACACUUGGAUGUGAGUCCAGAAAAAAGUUUGGAAAGAAUCAAGUUGAGAGGACGAGAAUGUGAGUCUGGUAUAACUUUAGAGUAUCUUCAAAGAUUGCAUGCUGGUUAUGAGGAAUGGCUAACUAAAAUUUCCAAAAUUAUUCCAGUCAUUAAGGUAAAUUGGAGUGAAUUUAGGAGUCUUGAAGAUGUGUUGGAUGAAGUCUUGAAAGCCUAUAAUCAAAUUCACAACAUCCAACAUGUCACGUGGCAACAAGAGGAUAAGGAAACUUCCAAACAAUAA